UAAAAAUCAAUAUUAAAAGAUGAUUUGGUAUUUAGGUAUGUAUAUGAUUAAAUAAUAUAAGCUGAGUUAUUGGGGUUCAUAAAGAUAGAUCGUAGCGUAAAACUUGAAGAAUAUGUCAAUCAUCCAUCUUAUGCCGGCAAUUUUAUUAGAUUUGGAAUGGAUGGAAUUGUUGGUGAAUAUAUCUCAACAGUGUGCUAAACAUUUUUAUUUGCAUUGGCCUUAUACUUCACUCUAUCGUGCUCAUCUUAUUAUUACUUUUUCAAAAAGAAUAAACAACUUUAUUUACCAAAAUUAAAUGCCAAAUUCUAUAUCUACUAUGAUAUCAAAUGGUCAUUGAUUAACAUGUUUUUUGAGACCUUCCUAGUCUCCAUAAUAAGAGUUGCUUAACCAAGAUUCAGUUUAAUGUAUUAUAAUAUUAGUGAUUAUGGAUAUUGGUAUAUUCCUAUAAGUAUAAUUUUACAUAUUAUGUAUGACGAAACAUUGACGUAUUAAAUUAUCAUAAUUAUUAGAUAUUGGGUCCAUAGAUGGCUACAUACAUAUCCUUAUUUAUACAUUAAAUUGCACAGAAUCCAUCAUUUUUCAAAAGAUAUAACCCCAUUCAGCGGAUUCGCAUUUCAUCCAUUAGAUGCAUUUGCUUAAGCAGUUCCUAUGUUCACCUCAUGUUUUAUCUUCCCAAUUCACAUGAAUUUGUUCCUUUUCUUUGGUUUAUGUACAACCUCUUGGGUAAAUUUAAAUAUUAUUAAAAUCAAGGCUAUUUCAAUUCAUGAUAAUGUUCCAGCUUUACCAUUCAAAUUUUUAUUAUAUAGUACUCACCAUACAAUUCAUCAUGAACCUGGACCAGGUGGGAUGAAAAAUAUUGGUAAAUUCACAUCAGUUUGGGAUAGAAUAAUGGGAACUUAUGAAGAACCAGAUAGAAUAAACUUUGGAUGGAAUUAAUAAUAAACUCAAUUAGAUAAACUCAAAAAAGCCAAUGAUUUGUAUGAGUCUAUCCUUCCGAGUGAUGUUAAGAAGAUUAAGAAAAAUAAAUGAAAU